AUGAAGCUGACAUUCGUCCUGCUUGUGGUUCUACUUGGAAUUUCUGGAAUUUAUUCAGCUUGCCCAGAAAUUGUACCAAGAGCAGCAUGGGGUGCUCGCAGUGCAAAAUCUACAGCAAUGAAGGUUCCUGUUAGUCAUGUCUUUAUUCAUCACACAGCUGGAGCAACAUGCAACUCUAAAGACACGUGCGCGAAAGUGGCGCGACAAGUACAGAAUUACCACAUGAAUACCAACAAAUGGGCCGAUAUUGGAUACAGUUUCCUUGUGGGUGGAGAUGGACGCAUCUAUGAAGGUCGUGGUUGGAAAGCAGUUGGGGCCCACACUUACAAUUUCAAUUCCAAAGCAAUAGGCAUUUCAUUUAUGGGCAAUUUCGAUAAAAAGGAACCAGGAAGUGCUAUGUUGAAUGCUGCCCGCUCACUCAUUGACUGUGGAGUUGAAAAAAAAUUCAUCACUGCAAAUCGUGAAAUUCAUGGUCACAGAGAUGCCAAGUGUACUGCUUGUCCUGGUGCAGCACUCUAUAAAAUAAUUCAGAAAUGGCCUGGAUUUAAAGGUGGAAAGCUCCCCGGUUAUGUAUGUUAA